CGCCAGAACUCCAGCCCUAGCGACGCGCGCCUUGUUGCUAAGGGCGGAGGCGCGGGAGGCUGUGGACCUUGGAGGUCGCGGAUGCCCUCCGGCUCGGCGUCCUCCGUCGGCCUCAGCUUCCAGCCCGACCGGCCGGCCGGAGGGUAUGGAGCCCGAGGCGGGAGGAAAAGGCGCAGCUGGCGGGAGGGGAGGUGGGAGCCGUCGCUCUCUCUGAGCCGAAGCCUCUUGCCUGGCCGAAGAGGGGAGCGGGUUCCCAGGUCCGGCCUUGCGUUGGGUGGCGUUACAUCCAGUCUUGGGCAAACACCCCUCCACCCACUCCUACCCCCGACCCCCAUCAAAAAUAAGCUUUGGCCAUACGCUUAGAGAGGGCGAGGGGCAUUUGUGAUCUGAACAGCCAGAAAGGAAAGACUGCGCACAGGUUGUCCCCAAAACUUGGGGCAACCUUGGGAGUUCUGACCUAGUACUGAUUCCCUGACUGACUUUGGGCAAGACGCUGUUAUUCUCUGAGCCUCUGUACCAUUAGUGGGUCAAAUCAGACCGUUUCCCACUUGCUUCUGGUUUUGUUUCUGUUUGAGCUUUGGUUUAGAUUCCUUGGUCUUCCAGAGUGUAGUUUAGAUGUGUGCAGAGGGAGAUGUGGGGAGAGGGAGGGGGAUAUGAAAUCAUCAUUUACAUGAACAGUGGACCAGGAGUCCAGCUGAAUAAGGUCCAGUACCCCAUCUUCGCCCCUGUGUGACCUUUAGCAACUCAUGACUCUGAGUCCCAGUUUCUUCAUGGAAAAUGACAGAGAUUGGGAAGUGGCUGCCUGGACUAUUUUCCAAAGGAUAAACUUUACAAAAGUAUUGAAUACAGCAGCUCACCGAGAAGAUCCUACUGGUUUGGGGGGAACACAACUUCCAGCAGCCACGUGGGAUGCUAUUCGGGUGCCAUCUGAAACGAGCUCGUCCCCAGAAGGUCUCAUGCAGGUUCUGUGCAGUGAUGGGGAAACUGCAGAGCAAACUCAAAUACAGCAAUUAUAAAUACAGGCCCGAUGGAUUUAGAGACGAGAGAACUCAAACUAAAGCUUUUCAAGAGUAUAGCCCAGCCCACGUGGAUACCGUCUCUGUUGUUGCUGCUCUGAACUCAGACCUCUGUGUCUCCGGAGGAAAAGAUAAGACGGUUGUGGCCUAUAACUGGAGAACUGGAAAUGUGGUGAAAAGGUUGAAAGGACAUGAGCGUGAAAUCACAAAGAUAGCUUGUAUUCACAAAUCAGGCCAGUUCUUCAGUGCCUCUCGCGACAAGAUGGUCAUGAUGUGGGACUUGCAAGGCUCCUCGCAACCAAGGCAGCAGUUCUCCGGCCACAGCAUGGUGGUCACUGGAUUGGCUGUGAGUCCAGACACAUCACAGCUAUGCACUGGCUCUCGUGACAACACCCUCCUUCUGUGGGAUGUGGGGACCGGACAGUGUGCGGAGAGAGCAUCAGUCUCCAGGAACCUGGUCACUCACCUGUGCUGGGUCCCCAGAGAACCUUAUAUACUCCAGACCUCUGAAGAUAAAACCAUCAGAUUAUGGGACAGUCGGGGGCUGCAGGUAGCUCAUGUAUUUCCCGCAAAGCAGCACAUCCAGACCUACUGCGAGGUCAGUGAGGAUGGACACAAGUGUAUCUCCUGCAGCAGCGGCUUUGGAGGCGAAGGCUGUGAAGCCACGUUGUGGGACCUAAGGCAGACGCGGAACAGAAUCUGUGAGUACAAGGGGCACUUCCAGACUGUAGCAUCCUGUGUCUUUCUACCAAGAGCAUUAGCCUUGAUGCCUAUGAUUGCUACCUCAUCGCAUGACUGCAAGGUGAAGAUCUGGAACCAAGACAGUGGAGCCUGCCUUUUCACCUUGUCUCUGGAUGGAUCAGGACCUUUGACUUCCCUGGCUGUGGCUGACACCGUCUCCUUAUUGUGUGCAAGUUUCAGCAGAGGAAUUCGCUUACUCAGGGUGGACGAUAGCCGAGGGCUGGAACUGCAGGAAGUGGCAGGAUUCUGA